AUGAAGACUCUCUUCGCGAUGAAGAGCCUCUUCGCUCUCCUCAGCUUCGUCCUGUUCAUGGGCACUGCUCUGUCUGUCCCCUUCACUGCCGGCUCGCUCACUUCCGGUACCCUGUCCGACCUUGUCACUUCCGGUGUCCAGUCCGACGCUGUCACUGCUGGCGCCCUGUCCAUCCGCGUCGCUGACCCGUCCAUCCUUGUCACCGACCUGGAUAACCCCGAUGUCGAGGAGCCCUUGAAGAAGGGUCAGCCCCGCAUCCGCAAGGGAUUCAGCCAGCAACAACUGCAGCAAGUCCGCGACGGCAUCAACGAUGCUAUGGCCCUCGCCCACGCAGGUAUGGACAGCAUCAACAAGGAUAUGUUCGACAGGUACUUUGCAAUGGACGCGAACGACCUCGUCCAUUCUAUCCUCCAGGACAUGUCGGGACCUUGGUCGGGCAGAUACUUCCCCGAGGGCGAAGGCAACACUCUCCUCGAGCGCAUCACGAUCGCCCCCGACGAUGGCCAGAAGAAAGCUUGUGGUGAAUUCAGCGUGGCCACGUUCACUAUGAACGGUGAUGGUUCUGCGACUAUCAUCUUGUGUCCUCGUGCUUUCCGUCAUGGUGGCAUCAACAGAGAUUAUGUCGAUGUGGCACCGGCAGCAUCCUGCAGGAAUGUCGGCGAUACCGUCUCUUGGGCCAUGUACACUAUGGGAGCCACUCUCUUAAAGAAGUAUCUGUACUACAAGCCGCUCUUCAAGAACCCUAAAGCCUUUCCAUACGGUGCCACUGAGGCCAUUUCCGGACCUGAAAUGUGUCGUGGUCAAUACGACGGCUGGUCAGAGAAGACGUGCAGCUAUAUCUGGUUCACCUCGCAUGCCUACUUCACCACGCUGUGCGGGAUGGAGUACAAGUAUGCCGGAGUUCUCCAAAACCACGAUCCUACUUGUCCCGAUCGCUACAUCCCUGAGUGCAGCUACUGA